AUGGACGUCAAACCCGGAAGUGAGUGUGUGUUUUUUUUUCCCCCCACCAUGCUGCAGUGUUUGCGUUCCUGUUCCCUGAUAAAUCCCUGGCGUGUGUGUGUACAGUUAGAGUGCAGUGUUAAAGUGUGUGUGUGUGAGAGUGUGUGAGUGUGUGAGAGCACGAUGAGCGGUGUGUGUAGAGAAGUGCUCACUCUACAGCUCGGACAUUACUCCAACUUUGUGGGGACACACUGGUGGAACCUGCAGGAUGCGUCUCUGUGUUACGACCCUGACGUCCCACCAGAUGAGCUGCAGAGUGACGUGCUGUUCAGAGAAGGUCUCACCCUGGGGGGACACGUCACCUACACACCCCGUCUCAUUGCCCUCGACCUGAAAGGAAGUCUGCAGACUCUGAAGCAGGAAGGCUGUCUGUACACAGAGCACGACAACUCCACCUUCACAUGGCAGGGUGAUGUAGUCACUCAUGCAGAAGCUCCUGCAGUUAAAAACCCAUUUCUGCAGGACCUCGACAGGAUGGAUACAGGGGAGCUGUUAGCAGAGCCAGACUUCACCAAUUCAUCUGCUCCGGCCAAACACUCCUCCCCAGGAAGGCCUGUUGCCGUGGAGACAGUAAACAGCAGUUUGGAGCGAAUGCAGCGAUCCUAUAGGCUGGAGGACAGUGUGAGGGUGUGGUCAGACUUCCUAAGGAUCCACCUCCAUCCUCGUACCAUAUCCGUCAUCAAUCAGUACAACCACGACGGCGAGGCGGCGCGGUUGGAGGCGUUCGGUCAGGGGGAGGCGCUGUUACAGGGCUCUGUACUGGAGGAGCUGGAGGAUAAACUGCAUUUUUUCAUAGAGGAGUGUGACUACCUGCAGGGUUUCCAGGUGCUGUGCGAUAUUGCUGAUGGUUUCUCAGGUUUGGGGUCAAAGGUCACGGAGCUGCUUCAGGACUCCUACAGUGGGCGGGGCAUCCUGACGUGGGGCGUGGCUCCUGUCAGUCACCCUGAAUCAAGUCCGAUUAAGGAUGUGUAUCACAUGAUGAACUGCGCUCUGGGAAUGGUCCACAUGGCCAAUCACAGUUCGUUGUUCUGCCCUUUGACCCUGAGGGGCGGGCUAGGGAGAAUUCCGGCUCCGCCCACCACUUUCCCUCUCCUUAGUUAUGACCCGUCUCUGUGGUAUCACAGCAGCUCUGUGUUAGCUCUAGCUCUUGACACGCUGACCGUCCCCUACAGGCUGAGACAGAACAGCGCCCCCAUGUGGCAGCUGGCGGACGCGCUCACCGUCUCAGGCAGGAAGGUUGUGUGCGCUUACGGGUCUGUUCCAUUUCCCAUGAUGCACGGCAGCUGCCUUCCUGAUGCGCUGAACGCCUGCGGUGACAUGUUACCGUGGAAACCUCUAUCGGGUUGUCCUGAGCGGGCUGGCGGGCGAUGUUUUGGCCAAUCGGUGACGCUAAAGGGGCUGGAGGGGCGGAGCCAAGUGAGUUCUCUGGAUCCUGGAACAGAACCUCCUUCCAUUCUACACUGUGCUCAGUCAGGAGAAGAAGUACUGAACACACACCUCAGAACACACUACCCGUCUACACCACUAGCAGUACAGUUGCUCUUCUCCCCUAGUAAACUGACCCCGCCCUUUCCUCAGAUCUUCAGUCCAAACCUCGACUCUCAGGGUUUAAUACGGAACCAAACGUCCCCCACAGUGGCUCCACCGCCGGUUUUGUCUCUUCCCGUGCUGACAAGUUUGCAGUCCAGUUCAUCCAUGUCUCAUUUUUUAGCCGAGCUGCAGAAGUCCUGCAGCUCCAUUGAUUUACGUCGCAUUUCUCCCAGUUUCCUUUCUCACGGCGACCAAGCUGAAAUCGCAGAGAGCCUCGAGCAGCUCCGGACGCUUGCGCACUGUUACCGUGACGACAGUGGUGGCGUGAUGCGCUCUUCCUCUGAAGAUGAUGAUGAUGAUGAUUAACUCUGUGUAACCAGUCCAAGAGCAAUGAGAUAACAUUUGUUUAAAUUAAAUCAGGUCUGCACUGAAUCGUGACACAGCUAAGAAACAGAGAUGGAAGGAUGAUUAGGAAGGGGUGGUACUGAUGGAGAGAUGGAUGGAUUAGCUGCUAAGUAAGAGAUGGAGGAAAAGUAGUGUAGAUGAAGGGUGGUGAAAAGGGAGGAUAGUGAAAUAGUGAAGGAUAUAGCGCCAUCUGUGUUCAAAAUCACCCCGUAUUCAGCAUACAGGAGACAAAACUGGAGGGAAUGAAAGAUGUUUGGGACUGAGAUUUAUUUAAGAGGCUCAAGUUAAAGAAAACAGUGACGUGUUAUUCAGGAAUAAAACCUCUUUUGAUGGAGAGAACCUCACUAUUGUGGUCCAUGAGUGUGUAACCAUGCUACUUUUUAUUUAAACAAAAGCCUGCUGCUUCAAAUAUUGACUGAACUUAUAAAAAACUUAAAGAAAUCUUUUAUGUAUAGCUUUGUAUUAACAUAAUACAUAUAUGAAUGGCAUAAAACAUUACUUGCAGUGUUGCAGUCAGAUUCACUCUAAGAUGGACGAGUAGUUGAUGGGAGAAAUAUCCAGCCUGAUUGCAGAAGGAAGUCAAAACGGUUUGCUUUUAGUUUCAAAAAGAAAAGAGAAAAAAAACUAAUAAUAAAAAAAAAACUGUAUAUGGAUGAAAUAUUCAAAACAGGUUUGUUUUUUAAAAAAAUAAAUAUUACACAAAGCUUU